GUAUGCAGUGCACGUAGCAGUACUGCAGUGCCAAGAAGCGUGGUUAACCGGUUAGCUCCGAGUCCAAAGUAAGUGAAUCAGUCAGCACUCCGACAGCAUCCAACAUCAUGGUGCGAUUGACCGAUCUCUUGCUCAUGGCUCGCCGCGCCGGGGAGAAGCCAACCUGGCAACGAAUCAACCGACACUACCGCUACGUCAUGUCGCGGCCGUGGACCAUCCAAGCCCAGAUUGCUAAUCUGCCGGGACGGGAUCGCAAGAAGGUGCAAGUGGAGCCCAUCCGGAACUGGAAAUUCUUCAAGGGAGAUCUCGUGCACAUUUUGAAAGGCAAAGACACCGGUCGACAGGGUAUCAUCAGUGAUAUUAUACGUCAGAGGAACUGGGUGAUUGUGGAAGGACUCAACUGUCACUACCGAUACAUUGGCAGAAUGCCGGGUUACGACGGAACCUAUGUGGCAAGUGAGGCACCGCUUAAUGUCCGAGAUGUUGCACUGGUCGAUCCUUCGGACAACCAACCUGCCGACGUGGAUUUUCGGUUCACCGAGGCGGGUGAUAAAGUACGAGUGUCAAAACGAACUGGAAGAAUUGUCCCCAUCCCACAAACCAAUGAACACAAAGACUUCAAAACCAGGGAAUCCUACAUCGAACAACCAAAGGAUACCGUGGCUGAAGAAGUUUGCAAAAAGACCUACACACCCUCCUUGAAGACUGUAGAAGAAGAACUGAUGGAAGCAAAUAAUAUCACGGAAACAAGGACACCGGCUAAAACGUACUGGUACUGAUGAUGGGGAUGGUGGCCUGAUUUUACCUGGUUUUCAAAAUCCACACCUCAUGAAUAUUCAUACUGGUGCUGACAGGGAUUGUUUCCUGGCAUUUUUCUCAUGGAUAUUUGUAUUGGUGCUGAUGAUGUGAGUGCUACCUGGUUUGCAUAUUCAGCACUUCUCUCAUAAAUAUUCACACUGGUACUGAAGACUGAGAGUGCUGCCUGAUUUGCAUAUUCAACACUUCAUCGUGGAUAUUCAUACUGGUACUCAGUGAUGACCUGUAGUACUGUCUGAAUUUGCAUAUUGAGCACUUUUCAUGGAUAUAUAUUCAUAAGGGUACUGAUCAAAGUGACUGCUGCUAUUUGCAUAUUCAACGUUUCUCAUGGAUUGUCGUACUGGUACUUGUGAAAGGGAAUGCUGCUUAAUUUGCAUAUUUAACACUUUGUCAUGGAUAUUCAUACUUUUAUUUUAUUUUACGUCAUCUUUAGUGAGGGUAGCUCUGAUCAGCGCAGGGCACUGCUUUCCAUGGAGGCCCUCAAUAUGAGGAAUAUGAGACCCAUUAUGUAGCACCUUUAAGGGUUACAAGGUGCUGCGGCGCAUAUUGCAGCCACUGCCACUUGUACUGACGACAUGUAGCUGUCUUGCAUAUUCAACAACGCUCACUGAAUAUGCAUUUAUGCUUUGUGGCAUUAAAAAAA